AUGGCCGACUAUUUUAGCGAGUACAAUUCCUUCCUUGGUGCCAAAGGGCUACCGUCGCCGGCCGACACACCAUAUGAGACCCCAGCGAUCAUCCGGUCGAAACGAUCUUCUCGCGUGGCAUCUUCUAGAGAGCAUUCUAUAACUCCACCUCUACCUUCGGACUCGACAGAAACGCCCGACAAAUCAAAAUACUCGUCACUGGACCCGCGUCGCUUCACACCUACGCUUCAUGCGUCUCUGGUGUCCGAGAUCCUGAAUCUCAGGCGUGAGCUUGACUCCAAGAAUCACCUGGUGGAGAAUCUCGAGACUACACUCUCGACCGUGAAGGUUGAGAAUGAGACGCUCAAUGGCCAGCUCUCAGAGAGCGCGAGGGAGGUGCGGAAGGCGAAGCGGCAGGUGGAGCAGAUGGAGCAGGGGACUUUCGAUGCGGUAGAGGUCUUGGCUCAGGAACGAGACAAUGCGAAAGCAGCCCUUGACGACUUGCGGAGCAAGUUUGAAAACACCCAACGGAAGACCCGCCAGCAAGAUGAGGACUCCGAACGGACGCAGAGCAUUUGGGAGAACGAGAAGGAGGCGUGGGACAACGAGCGACGACAGUUGGAACGAAGAGUGCAUGUCACCGAAAGUCGAUUACGGGCGGUGGUAGAAGAGAUGGCCAUACAACAGUCUCAGACUGUGCAAGAAGACGACACCACCGACGAAAACACUUUCAAGGAUAGUGGCCUGGGUGAAGGUAGCGACACUUCGAGCAUACGGACUGCAUCGCCUACCAAACACAAGCGAAAUAUGAGUAGCAUCAGCUUUCGACGAAGGCAGACACGAUUCUCGAUGUCCUCCCGCACCACAACAGCUACGCCCGACCUUUACGCCCGAUCUGGAAACAACCUUGCAGACGAGCUAGGAAUUGAUGAAGAGGACGAGUACGACAACGACGAUUCAGAGCAUGGAGACGACGACUUCGACUUUUCCGAGCGAGCGAAUCAAUCUCCAGAGUCCAGGCGUAGUGUAGUGCGCCGAACGCUCGACGCAAAGACGAAACGUAUCUUGGACGUUCCUAUCGAAGCACAGGAGACGCAGGGAGCACCCUCAGUCCCGCGACCACAGUACCAUGAUCGAGCUACAACUCCGCCACCGCAGCACAUGGAGCUGCGCGAGCCGGCGCCCAAGGUUGUGUACGUCGACAAUGGGUAUCAGCCCUCGCCGCCAGCGUCCCCGCCUCGAGUGGAAGUAUCCCAUGAACAAGAGGACACGAAAGUCGUCGAACAUGUCACUACAGACGAGCAUGCACCACCUGCUAGCACACAGAGAAAUUCUGGUUUGCAGCUCGCAACUUCAGACCGUCUUUCACUUACAUCUGGUUCGCCAAUCAGUCCACCGCAGACGCCGGUUGUGGAUGGAGUAACCUGGCUUGAGGAGAAAGCGUCCCCUGCUGUAGCACCAGCAUAUAGCACAGCAUCGACGCAGACCGACCCUGUGGAACCAGAACCCCCGAAAGGCCACACACCGAAGCGUGACAGCCUGUCUCCACCUUCGUUCGUCCCAUCGAUUGCGAUUCACCCACCUAAUUCGAGGCCGUCUUCUCCACGACCGUAUGUUUUACCACCUGGCACCAAAAACGCAUCCGCACAAGCGAACCUUGUAUGGCCGUGCAAGGAUGCCAGUGUGCAGACCGAAGAGAUCAGGAUCGACAAACGACCUGUGAAACUGCCGCCCCAUCUGCUGCCAGGAAGCCUGCUCCCGAGUCCCACGUUCCAGGAACCAGCUCCACGACCAAAUCGUAUUGCGAGCGCUGGAAACGCGAAGAUCUUCACCAAGAUUCCACGGAUACCAGUCAGCUCUAUCCCCAUCUCACCUUCCGCAGUGCAGUCUCCUUCCGACUCAAGCUCGGAGAUGUCGCGGAACAACAGCUCAAAAGACCUCCGAAACUAUCCAUUGAAGGCGUUACCCUUGCCACGGCCUGUUCUGUCUCCACCGAUGCCACAUGGUGAGACGUUUCAGAGCAACGGGCCGCUGAAUAGAUCAUCACAAUACGGUGUCAGCCAGCCAAAGUUCGAUAAUGCUUACUUUACUGACGCCGAUCAGUUGUCAGAGGGUAGCGACUACGAAGACGGUGGUACUGACUACGAUGGGUCUGAUUUGGCAGGCUCCAUCCCACAGCUCAGCCGUCCUCCGCCGGGACGUUUUGGUCUUUCCGAGCCUCCUAAAGCUGUGCCCGAGGACAAAGAGAUCUCGCCGGAGCGUCGACCGGACACUGCCGACUCAUAUGGAGCUGCGCCAGCACCAUCCGUCUCGAGCAGUCGAGCGAACUCGCAGCGCAGAAAUGUUCGUCAGACCUCGAAGCUUAGCAAGCCGGAUGCUCGCAAGGAGUUCCGUUCGAGAAGUCCGAGCUUCGGCAGCAUGGCAUCUACUACGAAGAGCGCGCCGCCAGGAGCAGCUGGCGUACACAUCCCGCCUCCGUAUCCUAUUCCAUUGCGAUCGAGCUCGCGUGUGCCAGCUAAGACAUCUAGCGAGGGCUCUCGAAGCCCGACGCGGUAUGAGGCUCUAGGUGCUCGAGGCUCACGUGCGGGACGCUCGCAGCACUCGAGGCAGGUGAGUCUCAGGAAGGUGCAGUCAGCUGCUGUCAUUCGCAACCGCACAGGUCGAGGUUCGCCGACGAAGGGGCAUCGCAGACGCAGGAGGUCUCCAGAUCUCACGCCUAUCCAGUCGAUGGCGUUAGAAGGCGCAACGCCCACAAGGUUCCCCAUUCCAGAAUUGCCGACGCCAGUGAAGGAGAACCUGCGAAGCCCAGAGUAUGACUGCACCAAAGGCUCUGUGGACAUUGCCAGAUCUCCAGCAGAAGCUAGCAGUGCAGGUCGGGUAUCAGAGGAGACCAACCUCGUGGACGCCAUUGCGGGGACCAUGGUUGGCGAAUGGAUGUGGAAGUACAUCCGCAAGAGGAAGUCCUUCGGCAUCGGCGAGGAUAGCUCCGAGUUCCCUGUCGCUGAUCAGAACGGUGUUGUGAACAUGACCACCGGCCAUGGAACACGUCACAAGCGCUGGGUGUGGCUGUCGCCCUACGAGCGCACCAUCAUGUGGGACAACAAGCAACCAACGUCUGGACCGGCAUUGCUUGGCAAGAAGGGACGAAAGCUUGCGAUUCAGUCCGUACUGGACGUAGAGGAUCCGACACCACUGCCAAAGAAUGCCGAGUUGUCCUCUGCUUGGAAGCGGUCGAUUCUGAUCCUCACCCCAGAACGAGCUUUGAAGUUCACUACUACCACACGGGAACGACAUGGCUUGUGGAUGACAGCUCUCUCAUUCUUGGCGCAAUCGAGUCAACUUCCUGGACAAAUACCCCAGCCGACAACAGCAAAGUCAGACGCACCUCCGAUACCGCCAAUACCUUCGAACAACAACUCGAUAGACGGUGUGCCUGUCAAGCGACACAGGGCUUCCUCUUUCGGAAGAUCCAAAGUCCGAGAUUCAAUCCGAGUUGCCCAUGGUAAGAGGCCAGAAUACCUGCAGGGUCGCUCCGAUCCUGGGGACGUCUACGGCUCAGAGCUUAUCCCAAGUGAGCUUCUGGGUCAAGAAGCAGGCGCGGACUUCCCAGCCGUGCCACGCCUUUACAUCACCACCAGCAAACACCAGCGCAAACGCAGCAACACGGGUCCGCAACACCUGUCUCAGCCGCUGAGCAACUUCCGCAGUUUCUCAUCGAGCGCUGUCCCAUCCUCAACCGGAUCAACGCAUCGCCGAGGGGGCUCUUCAACGAAUGGUUCGUCGUACCGUCCAAAUGUAUCGGCGAAGUCUGUCAGCCGAGGAAACUCGAUCGCCAGUCCAGACAGGCCGAACUUCUUCGAGGCUGUCGGAACCGUACGUAUGGAGGCGUUCGUAGACCCGAACGUGCGAGAUGGCGUUCUGUACAUUCCCGCGCCACCGCCUGUCAUUGGCGCACCACGGAGACCGCGACGAGGCAGCGGCCUGAGUCAGUCGACCGUCGAUAAGAGGCGGGCCGGCUACGUGUUCGACGAAGAUGGCAUGGAUCCGUUCAAGGGGUUCUAA